AUGGUUUUAAAAAUGUUUAUGUGAGAAAGUUUUACUUCUUGGUACUACGUGCGCCAGUACCAAUUUGAUUGUUUGUACUUCACCAAUUUUGGUCUUUUUCGAGUUUUUUCCCUCAAAAUGUUUAAUAGGUUCCAAUUUGAUAUUCGUAAAAUCUUUGGAAGGAGAUGUUAUCAGUACUUCGCAGCAGUUUUCGGUUCUCUAAGCAUUUUAUCCUCGGAAAUGCACUUUGGAUGGCCCUCAUCAUCCCUUCCACAACUCACCAAUAAUGGAACUUACUUCAUCCAAGUAACCAAAGAAGAAUCCUCCUGGUUAGCAGUGGGCAUCUUUCCAGGAAUAGUGUUUGGUGCGAUCUUAUCCAACUUUCUGGCGGACAAACUGGGACGAAAAAAAAUUAUAUUAUUAUGUGCUUUACCACUGUUUAUCAGCUGGGCCACUUUGGCGAUGGCAAAUUGCUUUUAUGUCAUGUUUCUUGCAAGAUUUUUAGGUGGCAUGGGAGGCGGGCUAAGUUUCUCCACCGUUCCAAUGUACUUAGGAGAGAUCUCCGAGCCGCAAAUUAGAGGAUUCUUAUCCUCCCUUUGUCCAAUAUUCGUCGUGACGGGGAUUCUGCUUAUUAAUUUGUUUGGAAUUUACUUACCAAUUAACGAAUGUGCCCUUUGGGCUUCCUCGAUACCUUUAUUAAUGUUCUGCACGUUUUUUUGGAUGCCUGAAAGUCCUGUUUUCCUUAUGACUUGCGGAAAGUAUGAACAAGCGGUCAGUAACUUAAAAAUGCUUAGGGGAAAAGAGGAGGGAGAGAAGGAGUAUGUAAGACUGACCAAGGACUUAACAGAGACUAUGCAGGAGCAAAAAAAAGGUCCCUCAACCUUCUUGGACCUAUUUAGAGUUCCAGUCAAUAGAAGAGCUUUGAUUAUAGCUCUGGGUCUACGUAGCGUACAACAAUUCUGCGGUUCUACCGCGAUAACUUUUUACUGUAAAUCUAUUUUUGAGGAAUUCGGUGGAAUUAUCAGUGGAAACUCUGGAACAAUAAUUUAUUUUUCUUUGCAGAUGGUUUUAACUAUCGCAACUUCUUUGGUGGUGGAUAAGUUUGGUAGAAGACCGAUAUUUAUUGUUUCCUUAUUAGGAACUACCAUUACUUUAUUCAUGAUAAGUAUUUAUUUGGUAAUAAAAGAGCAUACAGACUGGGAUUUAACAAGUGCAAGUUCAGUGCCUAUAUUAGGGUUGUUGUUGAAUAUCGUGUUUUUCAGUAUAGGGGUUAGAAAUGUACCAUUGUUGGUUAUGUCUGAGAUAUUUCAUCCUAAAAUUAAACCACUGGCCCUAUGUUUUGGAACAAUUUAUUAUGGGAUUUUGGCUAUCGUUGUGACGAAAUUUUAUAAUUUAACCAACGAGUUAGUUGAAAUGGCUUGUCCAAUGUUUGUGUUUGCUUUUUUAUGCUUGAUUUGUUUGGUGGUUUAUUAUUUCUUUGUGCCGGAGACUAAGGGAAAGACUUUAGAAGAUAUUCAGCGGAUGUUAAGCGAGGAUUAGUUUUAAGUAACACUAUUUUUAUUUAUUUAUUUAUUUAUUAUAAAUUUCGAAUGUAAUAUAAAUAUCUGAUGUAA